UUACUUAGAACGUAUGUAUGAAAACAGAAUCUGGAUGAGGCUGAAGGGCUGUCUGCCUGGCCAGGAAAUAAAAACGUUGCUUGUAAACCAACCUGAUGUCACAAUAAAAUUAUGAUUUAAGACAGGCUUAAGGAGCAGAAUCUAACUUUCAAGGCCCUCGGAACAGUUUGUUGUCAUGUGGAUACGAGGACCUAUGGUAAUAAAAGUCAGAUGUUGGAAAGCAGUGCAAAUGCACGCUAAGUUCACCAACACAGGCUUCUAUAAAACGUUGUUCUGUGACUAAGAGUGAAGUUUUAGGAAACUCCCUGCGCUGUCUGGAUAAAAUCAUGUCACUAUCGAAGUGUGCUAUUUGGCAUAUUAGCUGCAUUCAUGUGAUUGGCAGACUUGAAUAAUCAUUUUCUUUUACAUUCUCCAAAGGUUUUCUUUCCAAACUGUAGCACUCCUUCCAUCCCUAAAACAAAGAGAGGAAAUGUUUAGCUUGUGGGAGCUGGACUGAAGCCCGACAUGUUCUGCAACCAGGGUCCCCCAGAAAUGUACUCUGCUGCCACUGUCCUUCCCUACCACCGACCCCCCUGUGGCCCCAACUGGUUGGUUUUCCGCUGACACUGCCAGAAUGCAAGUGGCACAAAUUAGAGACAGCACUACCGGUUCUGUGUGGUUCAAAGGUAGGUUUUUGGAGUAAAAUAUUAGCCAGUCUCUGCCUCUAAAAACCACAGGUUUCCGCAUCUCCCAAGCUUUCCUGUCUCUUUAGCAGAGGCAUUGAUUUGGGCUCCCACACCGCAUAGCGCGAGCCACAAGGCAGACGUGUGCGACAGCUCUCACUUGGCCCUGCGGACGUCGGUCUGGGGACGGCUUUCUUUGACACAGGAGCGUUUGGAAACUUCGCUGAACGUUCACGUGGAACCCAAAGAGAUUUAACUUUACCCUAGUUGGCCACCUGAACACGCUGGCAGCUGGGUAGGGUGCUGGAAGCAGCAUGCCACGUGUGCAGAUGCACGACUCAAAACAGACCGUUAGGCUGGGGAAAACGCAGAGGUGGCUCGGGUUUCCCACAUGCCUUUGGUCGAGAAGACACGUGCCGGUGUGUUCCUUGUAUUCUGUUAUUUGUUCUAGUUGGAGCCAGUGAAAGGGCAGAGAACCACGGGGACUCUCAGACUGUAGAUGUUUUCGCCCAGGUUCCCCUGGAUGCAGGCUGCCCUUCGCAAGGCGGGGGGGUGGGGGGGGUGGGGGCGGGGAUCAUACACCUCCGUGAGCAGCUCAGAAAAGAGACACUUUUCAUUAUCGCCACCGGCAGGUCGUCUGCUGUCGGGAAGACAGAGUGGGGAUUACGCGGUUUCCUGGACCUUCGUGUGUGAGGAACUUGCGCUUUGAUUUUCUCCAGCAAUGGCCCUGGUGUUUUGCUGGCCUGCUCACCCUUCCUGGGAUGGGAGCGGGCAGAGGCCCCGAAUCCAGGGGCCCCUGCCACCCUGAGCUUGUGAACUCACACUUGAAGCCCCUCUGGACUGUUUAGUCACAGGGGUGAAAUGAAGAUUCAGACGUUUUAGAAGGAGGAGCACCUGUAAUGAGCACACAGAAGUGGCAGGGGUCAUGAAAUGCUGCUUCAGUUUUCCUUGUUGGUGCAGCCCACGGGGCUGCUGGAUCCAGCGUGAGAAUCUCCUGGAGCCUGGUUCUGUCUUCCCCGAGCCAGGAGAACAGAACACACUGGAAUCGGUUUACCCGGAGCCCCGGAGCGAGAGCGAGUGCCUGAGCAAUAUCCGCGAGUUCCUGCGAGGCUGCGGGGCCUCCCUGCGGCUGGAGACAUUUGAUGCAAAUGAUUUGUAUCAGGGGCAGAAUUUUAACAAGGUCCUCAGUUCCUUAGUGACUCUAAACAAAGUAACAGCAGACAUCGGCCUGGGAAGUGACUCCGUGUGUGCCCGGCCCUCAUCUCAUCGGAUAAAGUCUUUUGACUCCCUGGGAGCCCAGCCUUCGCACAGUCGGACUUCAAAAUUGUUCCAGGGCCAGUAUCGAAGUUUGGACAUGACCGAUAAUAGCAACAGCCAACUGGUGGUGAGAGCGAAGUUUAACUUCCAGCAGACCAAUGAAGACGAGCUCUCCUUUACGAAAGGCGACAUCAUCCACGUCACGCGGGUCGAGGAGGGCGGCUGGUGGGAGGGCACGCACAAUGGCAGGACCGGCUGGUUUCCCAGCAACUACGUGCGGGAGGUCAAGCCCAGUGAAAAGCCCGUGUCUCCUAAAUCAGGAACGUUGAAGAGCCCUCCCAAAGGAUUUGAUACUACUGCCAUUAACAAGAGCUAUUACAACGUGGUGCUACAGAAUAUUUUGGAAACUGAAAAUGAGUAUGCUAAAGAACUUCAGACUGUGCUUUCUACCUACCUGCGGCCUUUGCAGACCAGCGAGAAGUUAAGUUCAGCAAACAUUUCAUAUUUAAUGGGAAAUCUAGAAGAGAUAUGUUCUUUCCAGCAAAUGCUUGUACAGUCUUUAGAAGAAUGCACCAAGUUGCCAGAAGCUCAGCAGAGAGUUGGAGGAUGCUUUUUAAAUCUGAUGCCACAGAUGAAAACCUUGUACCUUGCGUAUUGUGCCAACCACCCGUCUGCAGUGAACGUUCUCACGGAGCACAGCGAGCAGCUGGGAGAGUUCAUGGAGACCAGAGGCGCCAGCAGCCCGGGGAUCCUGGUGCUGACCACCGGCCUCAGCAGACCGUUCAUGCGCCUGGACAAGUACCCCACGUUGCUCAAGGAGCUGGAGAGACACAUGGAGGAUUAUCAUCCAGAUAGACAAGAUAUUCAGAAAUCCAUGACUGCCUUCAAAAACCUCUCAGCGCAGUGUCAGGAGGUGCGGAAAAGGAAGGAGCUGGAGUUGCAGAUCCUGACAGAAGCCAUCCGGAGCUGGGAGGGAGAUGACAUCACGACCCUGGGCAACGUCGUUUACAUGUCCCAGGUCAUGGUCCAGUGCGCCGGGAGUGAGGAAAAGAAUGAGAGAUACCUUCUGCUCUUCCCAAAUAGUUUGCUGAUGUUAUCUGCCAGUCCUAGGAUGAGUGGUUUUAUCUAUCAGGGAAAGCUACCAACGACAGGAAUGACAAUCACAAAGCUUGAGGACAGUGAAAAUCAUAGAAAUGCAUUUGAAAUAUCAGGGAGCAUGAUUGAGCGGAUCCUGGUGUCCUGCAACAACCAGCAGGAUCUGCACGAGUGGGUGGACCAUCUCCAGAAGCAGACAAAGGUCACCUCUGUCGGCAACCCCACCAUCAAGCCCCAUUCUGUGCCGUCUCACACCCUCCCCUCUCAUCCGAUCGCGCCAUCCGGCAAGCACGCAGACAGCAAGCCGGCACCCCUGACGCCUGCCUACCACACGCUGCCCCACCCCUCCCAUCACGGCACUCCGCACACCACCAUCAACUGGGGGCCUCUGGAGCCUCCGAAGACCCCCAAGCCGUGGAGCCUCAGCUGCCUGCGACCUGCCCCGCCCCUGCGGCCUUCCGCUGCUCUCUGCUACAAGGAGGAUCUUAGUAAGAGUCCCAAGACCAUGAAAAAGUUGCUACCUAAGCGCAAGCCUGAGCGGAAGCCUUCAGAUGAAGAGUUCGCCCUGAGGAAAAGCACAGCUGCUUUGGAAGAAGACGCGCAGAUCCUGAAAGUCAUCGAAGCUUAUUGCACAAGCGCCAAAACGCGGCAAACGCUCAAUUCGACAUGGCAAGGCACUGACCUGAUGCAUAAUCACGUCUUGGCUGACGACGACCAAUCAAGUCUAGACUCCUUGGGUCGUCGCAGUAGCCUUUCCCGUUUGGAGCCCUCAGACCUCUCGGAAGACUCUGACUAUGACAGUAUAUGGACAGCCCAUAGUUACAGAAUGGGUUCUACAUCUCGCUCACGCAAAGAAUCUGCUCCACAAGUUUUGCUUCCAGAGGAAGAGAAAAUCAUAGUUGAAGAAACUAAGAGUAAUGGUCAGACAGUGAUAGAAGAAAAGAGUCUUGUGGAUACUGUCUACGCGUUAAAGGACGAAGUCCAAGAGUUAAGACAGGAUAACAAAAAGAUGAAGAAAUCUCUGGAGGAAGAGCAGAGAGCCCGCAAGGACCUGGAAAAGCUGGUGAGGAAAGUUCUGAAGAACAUGAACGACCCUGCCUGGGAUGAGACCAACCUCUGAGGAGCAUCCUUGCCUCUUCCCAGCGAGGAGACCAGGCCCGGGUGAACACGCGGGACCGUGGGGGCAGGGCUGGACAAAAGUCAUCUUGCUUUCUGUGCACGGGAAAGCUGGAGUUGCUCACACAAAUAGAAACAGUUGCACUGUUCCCGAAGAAUCCACACGUGAGGUGUAGACCCUGAGGGUGGAACUGCAGUAAUUUUACUCUGUUAACAUCUCAAUUACCUCAUUUUGCAAUAAGUGCAGUGACUACGAAUCCUGGUGUUUCAGGCUUUUACUGAGUAUAUAUAAUUACACGUGUUUCUUGUAAAUACUCCAUUUUGAAUGCACAUCCACGGUGGUUCCAUCUGGGCUGAUCACCUGCGCUAGAAUUCCCUUCCCACUAACCUUUCUGGUCCUGUGAACAAGAUGUGCUCAUGGAAAGCAGGGGCGUUAAAGGUGCCUGGUAUUUUGCUGGAUGCCUGGUUUGCUCUCUGUAGUCCCCACGUGCUCUAAAAAGACCUUCUGCUUUGGUAGGCCUAAGUAAUUAACCUUAUUUGUGUCUGCAAAGAUACCUUAAUACCCUCGAAGGUCUUCUGUUAAAGCCAUUUUGUGUCACUGACACGUGGUGGGCCUGAGUGAGGUGCCCGGGCUGAGUGAGAGAGACGCCAGCUUCAACCACAGAUCCCAGGAGGUCCCCACACACUUCCAUGUCCAGCUGCUGGUGUCUGCGCCUUUCUGCCCGUGGAGAACGGCGGCCCGUCGGCGUGCAUUCACUGCGCUGGGGAGAGCAGACUUUCUUAUAUAGGCUGGUUUAAUAACAUGAAAAAGUGCACUGUUGUGUCCUGCCCACGAGAGAAAGCUUCACAAGAACCUGUAAAUAAACUAUUAUUUAUUACGGAUCUCUGAGGCCGAUGAAGGCACACCAGGGAUGCUAUGGGCUGACAUGGCAGGUGGCGGUUGGGAGUUGUCAGGCCACUUUGGGCUCUGUUCACCAGCAGCAUGCAACGAGCCUUCAGUGCUCGCUGGGAAAAAGAAAUGUUUCCCCCUUUCAGUGAGAAUAAAGCAAUAUAAAUCCCGCCAAAGCGAUGAAAGUUUAAAUGUGGGUCCAUUUCCCUCUGUACCUCCACAGCAGAGGAGACGGGCAGCCUGCCCAGCCCCAGCUCUGCUGGCCUCUCUGGGCAGGGACGCAGGAGCCUCAGAGCCCCUGGGCAGGAACCGCGGCCGUGGAGGCAGGAUGCCCACAUUAUGGCAAUGGCUCUCUGCUCCCCUCUUCUCAAGAGGUCAGCUUUAAUCGACAGGAACUUUUUCACAGAACCAGUGUUAGGUCUUUUAAAACAGCAGUAUCUCUGUGCAUUACAGACUUCUCAGAAAUACCCUUGUGGCCUCAGGAGUGACUUGGGCCUCGUGAUCUGUGGGUCAAGCCACCCUGUAAAGGCUUCGGGAUCUUCUGAUGCCUUUGAACUGGGUGGCUUUGGAACCUGGCUUUCUGCUCCUCCAGGCUCCUGCUGAGCACUGUGCCCCCCCCCCCCCCCCAUCUGCUGCUGGAGGGCAGUGGCUUGAGCUUGGCCCUCCUGGCUGUGUGCCCAGCAGGUGUGUCUGUGGCUCAGCAUUGACCUGCCCAUGUGUGGCCUUUCCGGUAGAAUUGCCAACUUCUUGCACUUAGCAUUUUGUUCACCAGAGCUAGGACUAGCAGGGAGAGCCUGUUUUUUGGUAAGCCCUAUUUCACAGGAGUCUUUGGUGACGCAGAAGACCUUUCUUGCAGUGGGAGACACGUUGGAGUGUGUCCAAGUGUGCAGCCUUGAACUCAGGGACGGCCUCUGUCCCCUGCUCUCUCCAUCUGUUUCUGAUGGGCGAUGUUGCUGGCAGCAUCCCAGGAGGGGUCUCUCGCCUGCCUUAGCCUCACCGAAGCCUUGAGUGACACCUGUUUCUUCCCCAUCCCUGCUCUAAGGGGAGAGGCCCGUUCUCUCCUCUUCUCGCAGAUCCAGGAUUUCACUAAGCUUUUUAGGGAGCAGAGAAAAUGCAUCCGAGAGCAGUUCUUUCUACAGACCUUCCUUAUUGUAAAUAGGUUGUUUACGUUUCUCUGACCUUCCAAGGGGCUGGGGGUUGAAAGGCGCCCUAUUUACCCCAAGGGCGAGGACACGACACACUUCAGUUCUGCACGACGUUGAGAUGUGGGUCAGACACCGUCCUUUGUGCUCGUGGUGUCUGCCUCCACGCGCACCAGGCGCUGGGACGUUGGGCGCCUCCAGCUGUGUGUGCACUUCCCGCUGCCCUCCCGCCCCAUUUCUCUAGGACACACAGCAUCCCUGGUGACUAUUGUGGGGCCAUGUCCUGUAAAUGCCACAGAGUGUCCUGGCAUUGACUAUUCCUUCUACAUCGUUGUAAUUAUUAAACUGACUUUCCUUAAGUUACAAUAUCACUUUAUCUUCCAUGA